AUGUUUGCACAGAACGGCGCCCUCGGCUCUCCCAGCGGCGGCGGCAAGCCCAAUGGCCAGCUACACUCGGAGAAGGUGGCCAUUCUCGACUGCGGUGCCCAGUACGGCAAGCUCAUUGACCGAAAGGUCCGUGAGCUCAGCGUCGAGUCGCAGAUUCUGCCACUGAACACGCCAGCUAAGCAACUGCUUAACGAACAGUACAAAGCAAUCAUCAUCUCCGGCGGCCCAGGUUCAGUGUACGCCGACGAUGCCCUGCCAUACGACAAGGAGAUUUUUCAAAUUGGAGUCCCCGUCUUGGGCAUCUGCUACGGAUUUCAGAUGCUGAACAAGGACUUUGGUGGCUCGGUGGAGCGGAAGGAGGGUCGCGAAGACGGCCAGUUCACUAUCACCGUAGACAACCAGAAUCCUCUCUUUAGCAAUCUAGAUCCUCAGCAAGAAGUCCUACUAACUCACGGUGAUUCAGUCUCAAAAGUAGCCGACGGCUUUAAGGUUGUGGGAAAAUCACAAAAUGUUAUAGUCGCAAUAUCAAAUGUGGAGAAGAAGCUGUACGGCGUUCAGUUCCACCCUGAGGUUGACCUGUCCACGAACGGCAAGCAGAUGCUGAAGAACUUUCUAUUUAACGUGGCCGGCCUCUCGGGCAACUUUACUAUGAAGUCUCGAGAGAGCGAGUGCAUCGACUACAUUCGCCAGGUGGUGGGCAAGAACAAGGUUCUGAUGCUGGUCAGCGGCGGCGUCGACUCUACGGUUUGCGCAGCUCUUCUCCACAAGGCGCUCAACGCCGACCAGGUGAUUGCCUUUCACAUUGACAACGGUUUCAUGCGCAAGAAUGAGAGCAUCCUGGUGGAGAGGUCUCUGAAGAGCGUCGGUCUCGAUAUGAAGACCAUCAACGCCUCUCUACAGUUCUACAACGCCACCACGACGAUCCCCCUCUCAAAGACGGAGCCGAACAAGAAGUACGCCACGAAGAUUCUCUGCCAGACGACGGCGCCGGAGGAGAAGCGCAAGAUCAUCGGUGACACCUUUGUCCGCAUCGCCGACGAGAUUGUGCGCGACCUGAAGCUGAACCCGGAGCACGUCUUCCUCGGCCAGGGCACCCUCAGGCCGGACCUGAUUGAGAGCGCCAGUUCGCUGGCCAGCUCCAAGGCGGACGCCAUCAAGACGCACCACAAUGACACUGAGCUGGUGAGGAAGCUGCGCGACGAUGGCCGGGUCGUCGAGCCGCUGAAGGACUUUCACAAGGACGAGGUGCGCGUUCUGGGCCGCGACCUGGGCCUGCCGGCGGAGCUCGUCCAGCGCCACCCCUUUCCCGGGCCCGGCCUGGCGGUGCGCAUCAUCUGCGCCGAGGAGCCCUACAUGGAGAGGGACUUCUCGGAGACCACCGAAGUGCUCAAGGUCAUUGUCAACUACACGGUCUAUCUGCAAAGGAAACACUCGAUGAUGCCCAAGGUGCAGAGCGUCUGCAAUGCAGAGGACAUCGCCUUUCUGGAGACCUUCUGCGCCACCUACAACUUCACCUCGACGCUGCUGCCCAUCAAGAGCGUGGGCGUGCAGGGCGACUGCCGCUCCUACAGCUACGUCGUCGGCCUCUCCGAGGACGCGCCCGCCGAUGAGUCGGAGGCGGCCACCACGGCCAAGUUUGAGACGCUGGCCCGCAUGGCGAAGCUGAUUCCCCGCAUCUGCCACAAUGUGAACCGCGUCUGCUACAUCUUCGGCGAGUCGGUGAAGCACCCGGUGAAGGACAUCACCACGACGACGCUGACGCCGCACGUCAUUGACGUGCUGCGCGAGGCGGACCACAUUGCCACCAGUGAGCUGCAGCGCGCCAGCUACGGCGCCCUCGUCUCGCAGAUGCCCAUCAUCCUCAUACCGAUUCACUUUGACCGCGAGGAGGCGCUCACCCGAACUCCGUCCUGCCUGCGCUCGGUGGUCAUUCGCACCUUCAUCACCGAGGACUUUAUGACCGGCGUGCCGGCCAUUCCCAACAGGCAGAUUCCCUUUAAGGUUAGUUGGGAAACGGCUGAAAAGAUUUCCCAAGUCCCCGGCCUCUCUCGGGUUCUCUACGACCUCACCCCCAAGCCGCCGGGCACCACUGAAUGGGAGUAG